AUGAAUUUUGCCAGACUAAUUAUUAAACAGCAUUGUGCUGUCCUCACGGUAUUCCAGACACCAAAACACUUUUCCACCAAAAUCACACCAAAACUUUCAUCAUUGUAUCAUAAAUUGCCAGCAGUGCCGACAAAUUUGGAACUUAAAUUACAGGAUUUAGAAGCGAGGGCUAUAUCAACACCUCAACGUGGAGCACAUAAAGUGGCGGCGGCAACAGCUACAAAUACUGCCCAGACAUUGUCGAAAAAUGUUCCUCUGAGUCAGGUGAAUAAACGUAAAAAACGUGCCGGCAAAGCUGACUUAGCCGCAUUGGGUUAUUUUAAUGUGGCCGCAUUUUCUACAGCCGAGGAAUAUGAUUUGGAAAAUCUUCUGGAAGCCUUGAGACAACAAGAACUGUACGAUGCUAAGAAAUUCUUUUCAACAGAUAAUUUGGGUUUGGAACAGGAUGUACUUUAUGUCACGGCCAAAUACCAAGUCGGUGAGGAGGAUCGGGAUAUUUUCUUCUUUCGUGAAGGAUCUGUGGUAAUGUGGAAUUUCAAUGACAUUGAGACAAAUAAUGUUUUGUCAUUCUUGAGACCAUUCGAAAAGGAGGCUUACCUACGGCCAUUGGUACGCAGUGAAAGUGAAGUUAUGCCCUAUACCUAUAUACCUCCAUCCGCCAUUGAUGUGGAGGGUGAUAUUGUGUCGUCCAGUGAUGUAGAACCGGCCAAGGCAUUCUUUCAAGGUGGCAAAUUUUUCCUUACAUCGGGGGAGGAUAACUUUUUCUCGAAAUACACAUUCUCAAAUGCCUUGGCCACGUCUGUAAAACUGGGUAUAUGGGAGGCGACGUUGGACAGAUAUAUCGAUUCUAUGGAAUUUCUAACAAACGACAUGAAAAAGGGAAGGCGCAUUCGAAUUUCAAGAGCAGAAGUUUUGAGAAAAACCGGCGAACUGUUGGCAUUACGUCAUGUCAUUAAUUUAUCAUCGGAUCUACUGGACACACCCGAUUUCUAUUGGGAUCGUGAAGAGUUGGAAACGCUGUAUUUGCAGAUAUGCAAUUAUUUCUCAAUAUCACGCAGAACGAAAGUUAUGAACGAGAAAAUCAAUCAUUGUGUUGAGUUGGCCGAACUGAUAUCGCACAAUUUGAACGAGGCACACAAUACACGUUUGGAAUGGAUGAUAAUCAUAUUGAUUAUGAUUGAAGUUGGUUUCGAAAUUAUCCAUUAUUUAGAUCGUUAUUAUGUUAAGGAAGAUGAGGCGGCGGGUGCUAAUGGCAAUAAAGUAUUAGCCCACUAG